AUGAGCGUCUUUAAAUCAGCCAUGGGCUAUUUUAGCUCAGGAGGCGCUAACGGUGGCAGUGAUAAUGAUUUUGUUGGUCAGUUUGUUGAAAUAGGAAAUAUGAAAUUAAGAGUGAAGAAGGUGAUUGCAGAAGGUGGUUUUGCUUUUGUGUUUGUUGCUCAAGAUGUAUCCAGUGGUACUGAAUAUGCCUUGAAAAGGCUAAUGGCAGCUGAUGAGCAAGCAAAUAAAAACAUUAUUCAAGAAAUUAGCAUAUUAAAAAAGUUAUCAGGUCACCCUAAUAUUAUAAAAUACAUAGCAGCAUCAUUUAUUGAUAAGUCAAAGACAUCACAUGGGAUGGGAGAGUAUUUAUUGCUGACUGACUUGUGCAGUGGAGGAAGCUUGAUGGAGGCCCUUCAGAACAGAGGCCAGGCCUUUCCUCUUCCCACCAUACUCAGGGUGUUCUACCAAACCUGUCGGGCUGUGCAACACAUGCAUGCACAGGUGCCCCCAAUCGCACAUCGUGAUCUCAAACUAGAAAAUUUCUUAAUUUCUAAUGAAGGUACAAUAAAGCUGUGUGAUUUUGGAUCAGCCACAACAGAUAUUUAUACUCCAAACCCCUCUUGGAGCGCAAAUCAGAGAAAUAUGUUAGAAGAAACCCUGGCCCAGUUUACUACUCCUAUGUAUAGAGCACCAGAAAUGUUAGACACUUGGGACAAUCGCAAAAUCGAUCACAGUGUUGAUGUCUGGGCCCUAGGAUGCAUACUCUAUACACUAUGCUACAUGCAACAUCCAUUUGAGGACUCGGCUAAACUGGCUAUCCUAAAUGGAAAUUAUAAUCUUAACCCCAAUGAUCAACGCUACAAAUGUUUUCAUGAAGUCAUAAGUGGUUGCCUAACAGUGAACCCUGAAGAGCGCUUGACAAUAAGUAGUGUGCUGGAGCGAUUGGCGGCGAUAGCGGAGUCCAAUAAUGUCAAUCUCAAGCAACCACUCAAAUUUGAGCGUAAAAAAGUUGAACAAUCUGUGGCCACUAGCUCGCCAGCUGGCAAAGAUCCUGUGGCAAACAGCCAGGAGGCGCCUAACUCCCGGCCCCCAGAGCCGAGCCGGCCCCCACCGCCCGCUCGGCCCCCAGCGGCCCCUCAUUACCAGCCUCCUUUACCGGCGACGCCUGCUAACUCUGGAGGCCUAUUCUCCUCUAUAAAAGGGGGCGCUGGCAGCUUCCUAAAGAAUUUGAAGGAUACUUCUUCCAAGGUUAUGCAAACUGUGCAACAGUCAAUAGCUAGAACAGAUUUGGAUAUAAGUUACAUAACUAGUCGUAUUAUAGUGAUGCCUUACCCGUCUGAGGGCUUGGAGAGUGCUUACAAAACCAACCACAUCGAUGAUGUCAGGGCGUACUUAGAGAGUCGUCACCCAGGCGGCAAGUACAGCAUCUACAACGCGUGCCGCGGCUGUAGACUGUCGUUCCCGCGCCACGUGCCCGUGACGGACGCGGUGCGAGCUCUGUGGCCCACCCCGGCACACCGCGCCCCGCUACUGGCGCCGUACUACGCGCUACUGCAACAUAUGUACCAGUACUUGGGGAAAGAUGACCGACAGGCCGCUGUUAUUACCUGUCAGGAUGGUAAACAAAUGUCAUGUAUGUUGGUGUGUGGGUUGCUCCUGUACGCGAAGUUGGUGACGGUGCCGGAGGACGCGCUGCAGAUGUUCGCAGUGAAACGCACGCCCAUCAACAUACCGCCCAGCCAGCUCCGAUACUUAUACUAUCUCUCUAAUAUUAUUAGGCCUGAACCAAUUCUCCCCCACUUCCGACCAGUGUCACUGGUAUCACUGACAAUCCAACCAGUUCCACUAUUCACUAAAGCGCGGGACGGGUGCCGACCUUACAUAGAAAUAUAUAAUGAAGAUAGAAUGCUCCUGUCUACCCUACAAGACUACGAUAGAUUGCAUCUAUAUACCAUGGCUGAGGGAAAAGUGUCGCUCCCGCUGGACGUGUCGGUGGCGGGCGACGUGUCGCUGGUCGUGUUCCACGCGCGCCACCAGCUGGGCCGCGUGCAGGCCGUGCCCGUCCUCUCGCUGCACUUCCACACCGGCUUCCUGGCCGUGGACCAGCAUCACAUUAAGUUUAAUAGGUCUGAAAUUGACGGUAUAGACGAUUCUCUACCAGUAAACGAUCACUUCUCUAACAAUACUACCGCGGUUAUAAGCCUGGUAGUACAGAACGGUGAGAGACGGAAGCCACGUUCAGAUCUCUGGGAGGAAGACCAUUCCUUCCCCAUACGGACGCCUGACGUACUUUUCUCCACCACCCUCGAAAGAGACGAGACUAUUGACAACUUCGCGAAUCUUCGCAAGAAUCCCGCCGCAGUACCAAAAACAAUAACAGCAGACUACCCGCCUCGGGAACCGGAGCCCCCUACUCGUCCGAGUCGUCCAUCCCGCCCCGCUCCCCCCUCCCCCCUGCCUCCACAACGGCCCCCGCCACCCUCUACCCAAACCCAACCUGACCCCACUCCCUCCGACAGUACAGUAGACUUCCUAAACUUAAACUCCGGCACCCCACAACCUCAAGAAACGAAACCAGAGAAGAAACUCAAGUCUGAUGACUCUUUCGACUUCUUUGGGAUGAUGGAGAAGCAGACUGAUGAUGGGUUCGGAGAUUUCCUCAGCGGAAACAAGGGAGAGGCAGCUCAGCAAUUCCCAACGGAGUCUAUAUUCGGAGAUUUGCCCGCUCCACCUCCGACGGAGCAACCUGAGGUGAAGGGUAACAUGAACUCUAGUGAUCCGCUCAACUUCGAUCCAUUCGGCCUUAACGACCCUUUGCCGAAGAUAGAGACACUACUUACGCCACUGAUUAAGGAUGAAGGUCGUCCUCAAAGCGUACCGUUGGAGAAAGCUCAGCCAAGUACAGCUGGGCAGCGUAAGGAUCCGUUUGCAGAGCUAGGCGUGCUGGGCGGCGGGCUGCCGGCGGCGCCGGUGUCGGCGGCGGCCAGCCGCGGGCCCACGCCGCGCGCCUCGCCCGCGCACACGCCCGCGCACCUGCCGCACACGCCCGCGCACCAACCGGACUACAAUAGAGCACACUUCGAGCCAGCCAAAACGCCUGGUGACGACAAACAACGGAAACCAAUGGACGUAUUCGGCGAUUUGUUGGGUAGUCAAGGAUAUGACUUUGCGUCCAAGAGAGACACCGGCCCUAAGACAAUGAACGCCAUGAGAAAAGAGGAAAUGGUUAAGGAUAUGGACCCAGAGAAAUUGAAAAUACACGAAUGGACGGAGGGCAAGAAGGCGAACAUCCGAGCUUUGCUAUGUUCCCUGCACACCGUGGUGUGGGAAGAUUGUCGCUGGACGCGGUGCGACAUGUCGCAGCUCGUCACUCCCGCAGACGUCAAGCGAAACUAUAGGAAAGCAUGUCUCGCUGUACACCCUGAUAAGCAAAUGGGUACACCAAAUGAGAACAUAGCGAAAAUGAUCUUCAUGGAACUGAAUAAUGCUUGGAGUGAUUUCGAAAAUGACGCCAAACAACAGAACUUGUUCCAGUCUUAA